AUGUCCAGUUCUACUAUACUUGUCCUUGGCGGCACCGGUCCAGCCGGUAUCUGUCUACUGAGAGAGCUCCUCCACCGCAAACACAAAGUUGUAGUGUUCGCGAGAAGCCCGUCAAAAGUUCCCAAAGAUUUGGCUUCUAAUAGUCUGCUUGAGGUUAUCAAAGGCGAACUGAACGACACCAAGGCACUCUCGACAGCUGUUGCUAAGAGUAAUGUUAUCGUGUCGCUACUUGGUCCUCAACUGGGUGACUUAAUGGAACCAAACAUCAUCCCUGAUUUCUACAGAAGCUCCCUCUUUCCUGCGAUGCGCCAACACGGCGUUAAGCGAAUCUUCGCCAUGGGAACCCUCUCCAUUGUCGACCCGGAGGAUUCAUGGAGCUUACUUAGACCAGCAAUGGUCUUUCUUUUGCGCAUAAUUGCUGGAAAGGCCUACCGCACCAUAAUAAACAUUGGCGAAACGUUUGAAAAUGACGCCAAGGAUCUGGACUGGACUAUCUAUCGUAUAGCUGCUAUUCCCGGGCAGUCUGAUAAUGAAAGCUGGGCGCGCGACAGGGAAGACGGCAAGGCUUUUGUAGGAUGGAUUGGUGAGAAGGGUCAUACGUACUCGCAGAAGCGAGGAGCGCUGGCGAGAUGGCUUGUUGAUGCUGUCGAGGGAGGUCUGCCGGAUUGGGUGCGCAAGAUGCCUGCGGUUUCUAACCUGGCUGGUAGUUGA